GUGAAAAUGGCUUCACUAACUGUAUCUGCAGAAGAGCUUUCUUGUCCUGUUUGCUGUGAGAUCUUCAAGACUCCUGUUCUUUUGUCAUGUAGUCACAGUUUCUGUAAAGAGUGUCUUCAACAGUUCUGGACAACCAAAGAAACUCAGGAGUGUCCCGUCUGCAGGAGAAGAUCCUCAAAACAUGAUCCUCCAGUUAAUCUAGUGUUAAAAAACCUGUGCGAGUCGUUCCUGAAGGAGAGAAAUGAGAGGCGUUCAUCAGGAUCUGAGGAGAUCUGCAGUUUACACAGUGAGAAACUCAAACUCUUCUGUCUGGAGGACAAACAGCCGGUGUGUGUAGUGUGUGUUAAUUCAAAGAAACACGACAAUCAUAAAUUCAGGCCCAUUGAUGAAAUGGUUUCAUCAUAUAAGGAGGAGCUCAAUACAGCACUGAAAUCAUUACAGGAGAAACUGAAACACAAUGAAGAAAUGAAAGGAGAGUUUGAGAAAACAGUUCAACACAUCGAGGUGAGGAAACAGAAUCCAGAGUCAUCUUCAUUACAGCUGUAG